CAACACGCUGUAAUUGGUGCAAUUGAUCCCUAGGUAGUUACGCCAGUCUGUCUUCCAGCAACAGUGUAGAUAGCGAGAUAUCUAUAUCUAUAUAUAUAGAAUCAAUUUAAUAGUUAUCCAUUUCUAAAUCAUCACCUUCUUUCAUUGAACUCUUACGGAUCCUCGCGAACUCGAAUCACCAUCUCCUUCAUUGAUCGCGAUCAGUUCGAUAAUAUACAAGAUACUGUAACGUUGGAAUUCACAAUGGAUCAUUCGCAUAUGGAUCACAGCAUGCAUGGUAUGGGGAUGGAUAUGGGAGGCGAUCAAUGUACCAUGAACAUGCUCUUCACCUGGGACGCCAAAAAUCUCUGUAUAAUCUUCCGCUGGUGGCACAUCCGAUCCACCUUCUCCCUCCUCAUUUCGCUCAUUGGCGUCGUCGCCAUCACCGCCGGAUACGAAGGCAUUCGCUCGCUGACCCGUCGCUAUGAAUCCUGGGUCGACAGACAACAAGGAUCUAUCACGCUGGAUGAUGUUACUGAAAAUACGCCUUUUCUCUGGGCAGGACGCAACCAAGAAGAAGUAGGUCAGAGAGCACAUGUUAUUAAAGCUGCGCUGUAUGCUUUCCAGUAUUUUUAUGCGUUUAUGUUGAUGUUGCUUUUCAUGACAUACAAUGGAUGGGUUAUGAUUGCAGUAGGAGUUGGUGCGUUUGUAGGUUUCUUGAUAUUUGGAAAGAAUACUUCGGCUGCGAAAGAGACGGCAUGUCAUUGAGAGUUUGAAAAAUGGAGCUAGGAGAAUGAGUGACUUGGAGGGAGAUGAAUUUAGUUUCGAAUAGAGAUAGGGCGGACGUCUUGUUGGUGAAAGGAAGGAGAACAGCAAGUCUAAGACAUGGAUCUUCGGGAGACAAGCGUCAAACAAUCGAGUCAGGCAAGAUUUGUUUUAGUUUGAGAAUGCCGAAUACCCAGCGUUGUUUAUAUGAUCGCAGGCCGUUAUACAUGGAUUUAAUACGUUGGCGCAGAGCCGUUGAUAUAUAAUUACAUACAGAGGGGGGAUGUUAUGUUUCACGUGUUUCGAUCUAUAUUAUCAAUGCAACGUUGCCCAAACCUUCUGGUUGAGUUA